ACGUAAGCGACACUUGAUUCUUUUUGGGGGAAGUUACUUUCGCUUUGCUCGUGUCACAGCGGAGGAAGUUAAUGUUACUUUUUUGACAGCACAUAAACAUUUGUCUAUGCUGUCUACCAUUUCCUUUCCCUAAGGAUUUCCCAAAAAAGAGUUAUAUUCGCGUUUUUCCAAAAAACUGGACCGUUUGUUUUGAUCAUGACGAACUGUUUGCUGAUUAAGGAGAGUCCAAUGAUAAUAUCUCUUAAUAAAGAGAAUACAGUUUACGAUGGGUUCAUUACAGCGCUGGAGAAAGACUUCAGGAUACGAAUAACUCUACCCUCUGAUCGUCAGAUGAAACAUGCAAAGUUGCACUGUUGUUGGCAAAUGAAACGACUACUUCAUGGUUAUCAACAUAUCGUGAAACAGAGACUACAGCAUUCAACAGAUUUGAUGGGUUUUAUCUUGGAACUCAGGACAGUAUUGGAAGUGGCAUUGAAAAGCCAACCAGGAUGUCAAUCCUUUUCACCACCUCAGUAUUAUUCCCAGCUGAUAACAGAGAUGGAGGGCUUAGGAUGGGAUAAGCUGCUCUUUAUUGAUGCAGAGUUUCGCACACUGAAGCUGAAGGCAGAGGACUCUGCAGGACGUCAACACACCAUUACGAUCAAGCUCAAGUCCAAGUAUCCAGCUGAAGCCCCAGAAUUCUCUGCUGAUCUUCCCGUUCCUUUGGCCAUCACAUGGACCUCACAGAGCACCUUGGCGCAUGUACACAGUCAGUUCCUGUUAAAUGUGGAAGCUCUGUCCGAAUUUUGGACGGUCAUGGAUGAAAUAGAUGAGCAGACAUGGGUGUUGGAACCGGAAAAACCCACUAAAGCAGAUUCAAUGAGAAGAAUCGCUGUCGGAAACAAUGUCUCAAUAAAGGUACAGAUUGACCCCAGACACCCCAAAAUGCUGCCGGAGUGUUGCCUGCUCGGGGCUGAUCACGUGGUCACUCCGUUAAGGAACAAGUUGAAUGCUAAUAUGCAUUUAUGGAACCCUGACUGCAGUGUCCUACAGAAUAUGAAGGAUGUGUUGGAGAUAGAAUUUCCAUCGCCUGCCACCCACGAAAAAUCUGUUUUCAGUGUUGAAUGCGGUAUUUGCUACUCUUAUCGGCUCGAAUCUGCAAUUCCGGAUCAGGUGUGCAAUGACCCACGCUGUGGUCAGCCAUUUCAUCAGGUCUGUCUUUAUGAGUGGCUGAGAGGUCUGCCUACCAGUCGUCAAAGCUUCAAUAUUGUAUUUGGAGAAUGCCCUUACUGCAGCAAGCCUAUAACUGUGAAAAUGGUCACACAAAACCUGUAACUACAACAUCUAGAUUCCGAGCAAUGCUUGUGUGGUACUCUGACUCCAGUGUCAUGAUCAAAGAGCUGGAGCAAGACACAAUGAAGUCACUGAAACAGUCUGAACCGAAGGACAAAACCAACAGCAGUCAAUAUCACAACAAAGAAAAGAAUCAAAAUCCAUUUUUCUUUGCUUGACCUGAUACCCCAUAUUGCACUGUCGUCUGGUUUUCCGAAGUGACUGUCAUGAGUCCAUUCAUUUUCCCGUUCACAAACAGUCCAGUGAUCUUCAGGAUAAUCUUGCUCUUCCCAUCGGUUGUAAUUCCUGCUGUGUUUUCUACUGUAGUCCCCCCUGUAGUCAUUCUCUCUGCUGGGUUCGCUUUGAUCAUCAUUUAGUCUCCCAGUAUAUCCACAUUGGUGCUCACUGUUCUUUUUUCUUCUCUCAGUUAUCCUUGCCUCACCAUGCAAGUCAGCUUUUCUCCUUUCCUGUUUAGUAAGAUUUUUUUUAUUUUACAAUACAUGUAAAUCCGACGUUAGAAUUGAUGUAUCUGUUAAUAUACUUUGUAUCACAGAAAUAAACAUUGCAAAUCAUA